UUAGUCUAUAUUUCAAAAUUUUAGUAAGCAUAACAUUGUAGCCCACCGAAUUGUAUUAAUCAAACAAUUAAAUCAAUAUCGAAUUUAUAAAAUAAUCAUGGCGUCGAAUGUUACAGACUUUUUAUUUGAACCGUUUAAAGUUAUUGAAGUAAAAUUCGAAGGACGUAAAUGGCCUAGACCGAGAAGUGGACAUAGAAUUAGUUGUGACGAUGGAAAUGUUUACUGUUUCGGAGGUUACAACCCUUCUUUAUUAUUGAAAGAAAUACAGCUUAACAGUUCCACAUGGUCACCCACAAAACCACUAUUUAGGGAAUUGUGGAGUUUUAAUGUAGCCACAAGACUAUGGAAAGAACAUGAUAUAACUGAAAACAUGCCUGAAGAACUAGCUUCAAAUGCUAUGUGUAUUAAUGGCAGAUAUCUUAUGAUACAUGGUGGUACCGGUUUUCACUUUGGUAACAAAUGCAGUAAUGAUGUCAUAAUAUGGAAUACAAAAUAUUGUAAUAAUUCUCUAGAAGUACUGGAAGUAACAGGUGCUAGACCACCCGGGCAAUAUGGGCAGUCUAUCUUGUGCCACAAUAACUAUUUUUAUACUAUAGGAGGAACAAAUGGUCAUGAGUACAAUUGUGAUAUUCACAGAUUAGAUUUACGUACUAAGAUCUGGGAACCUGCAUUUAUAGGCACAGGCCAAGAUUAUGAACCACAAGGAAGGUAUAGACAUGAAAUUGCAAAAGCUAAUAACAAACUUUAUAUCAUUGGCGGAGGCACCAAUGAAAUGGCCUUUGAACUCAUGGAAAUCCCUAUGUUUGACUUAGAUAACAGUACUUGGUCAUGCUUAAUACCGAAACCUGAUGAGAGUUUAGAGAAAACCAUUGCACCAUUGCCAAGAAAGUGUCAUAGUGCAGUUCAAAUUGAUACAGAGAGUGGUGUUCAAGUUUUUGUUGUUGGGGGGAGUGACAGUGAAUCAGUGUUUAAUGAUGUUUGGCGGUUAGAUUUACCUGAACUCCAGUGGCAUUUAAUGCAAAAAAGUGUUCUUCCUAAUCCACUGUACUUCCAUUCAUCUGCAGUCACUUCAUAUGGAUGUAUGUAUAUAUUUGGCGGCAUAGAGUCAUUACAAAAUGCAACAUGUAGAAAGAAUAAGUUAUAUAAAAUGUGGUUAUGUAUACCAAAGUUAAGUGAAAUGUGUUGGGAAGCACUCCAUAGUUGUUACCCAAAACUUGCAACACUCAAAAAACAGGAACUACUUAACAUAGGCAUUCCUCAACACAUUGUCGAUAGAGUGCAUACUGGUUAAAAUAUUAAUGCCUUAAUGCAUUAAUGGUUCAUUUGUCGAAUAAACAAAAAAUUAUAUCUUUUGCUUAUAAAGAUAGAUAAGUGGAAAAACAAGACAGUAUUCUAGAAUGUCUAAUUAAUUCUAGAUUCAGAAACUGUCAAAUGAUUUUUUCUGUAUGAUUUAUGAGAUAUUUUUCAGAACAUAAGAUGAGAUUGUGACUUGAAAUAUGAAUUAGAAUGACCUUGAAUCUUAAUCUUUAUGAAAGAAUAUGGACCUUGGACCUUUUACUUUGAGAAUAAAGAUUGCCUAAUCAUCAAAAUAUUAAUUAUACAUUUAGUAAAUGUAAAUUUUAUUAAUUAACCAUUUGGUUAAUAUUAUAAUAAAUUUACAUUAAUAUUAUUAUUUAAUAUUGGUAUAAUAAAUUUACAUUUAUGGUAUAUUUAUACCUAAUUUUAAUUAUUUGGUUUAGCUUGAAUUCAAAUCUUGAAAUCUACUUAUAGUUAUUAGUUCAUGAAAAUUGGGUAAAAUUAACAGUAUACAUUAUUUUACUCAAACCCGACUGAUACACUGUGUAUGUAACACAGACAAAGUCCUUGGUUGUACAUCUUUACAAAAUUAGAAAAAAAAAAAACAAUUGGCUCUUUUGAGGCAUGAUAAUUGAUAACCCAAAUUGUCAU